GGUGACAAGGUUGUGUCCCAGUUGAAGAUAUCUUUCUGGCCCCGUCUCUAUAAAAACUCCUUACUUUGGAACAUCAAGUAUGCUAAAGGAUUAUAUUUAAGUUUGGAAGGGGACCCAGCAAAGAUCUCACCGUCAGUGUCUGCUCCCAAAUUUCCUGCAGCUCUGUGGUGUGCAUGCACUAGCUGCCUACAGGCCAACUACACGUGUGAAACAGAUGGGGCCUGCAUGGUUUCCAUUUUCAACCUUGAUGGGAUGGAGCACCACGUGCGCACCUGCAUCCCCAAGGUGGAGCUGGUCCCUGCUGGGAAGCCCUUCUACUGCCUGAGCUCGGAGGACCUGCGCAACACUCACUGCUGCUACACUGACUUCUGCAACAGGAUUGAUCUGAGGGUGCCCAGUGGUCACCUCAAGGAGACUGAGCACCCUUCCAUGUGGGGCCCCGUGGAGCUGGUAGGCAUUAUUGCCGGCCCGGUGUUCCUCCUGUUUCUCAUCAUCAUCAUUGUUUUCCUGGUCAUUAACUAUCAUCAGCGUGUCUAUCACAACCGCCAGAGACUGGACAUGGAAGAUCCCUCAUGCGAGAUGUGUCUCUCCAAAGACAAGACGCUCCAGGAUCUUGUCUACGAUCUCUCCACCUCAGGGUCUGGCUCAGGGUUACCCCUUUUUGUCCAGCGCACAGUGGCUCGAACCAUCGUUUUACAGGAGAUUAUUGGCAAGGGUCGGUUUGGAGAAGUAUGGCGUGGACGCUGGAGGGGUGGUGAUGUGGCUGUGAAAAUUUUCUCUUCUCGUGAAGAACGGUCUUGGUUCCGGGAAGCAGAGAUAUACCAGACGGUCAUGCUGCGUCAUGAAAACAUCCUUGGAUUUAUUGCUGCUGACAAUAAAGAUAACGGCACUUGGACACAGCUGUGGCUUGUGUCUGACUACCAUGAGCAUGGCUCCCUGUUUGAUUAUCUUAACCGGUACACAGUGACCAUCGAGGGCAUGAUCAAGCUGGCCUUGUCUGCUGCGAGUGGGUUGGCACACCUGCACAUGGAGAUCGUGGGUACUCAAGGGAAGCCUGGAAUUGCUCAUCGAGACUUAAAGUCAAAGAACAUUUUAGUGAAGAAAAAUGGCAUGUGUGCCAUCGCAGACCUGGGCCUGGCUGUCCGUCAUGAUGCAGUCACCGACACCAUUGACAUUGCCCCAAAUCAGAGGGUGGGGACCAAACGAUACAUGGCCCCUGAAGUACUUGAUGAAACCAUUAACAUGAAACAUUUCGAUUCCUUUAAAUGUGCUGAUAUCUAUGCCCUUGGGCUUGUAUAUUGGGAAAUUGCUCGAAGAUGCAAUUCUGGAGGAGUCCAUGAAGAGUAUCAGCUGCCAUAUUAUGACUUAGUUCCCUCUGAUCCUUCCAUUGAGGAAAUGCGAAAGGUUGUAUGUGACCAGAAGCUACGUCCCAACAUCCCCAACUGGUGGCAGAGUUAUGAGGCACUACGGGUGAUGGGGAAGAUGAUGCGAGAGUGCUGGUAUGCCAAUGGUGCGGCCCGCUUGACUGCGUUGCGCAUUAAGAAGACCCUCUCACAGCUCAGCGUGCAAGAAGAUGUGAAGAUCUAACCUUGUUCCCUCUCCCGCUACACGCAACCCUGGGCAGCGAGAACUACACACAGCUGCCAUGUCGAGUGUACGAAGGAGGCCUACCUCUCGUUUCUGCCCAGCCCUCUGUGGCCAGGAGCCCUGGCCUGCAAGAGGGACAGAGCCCGGGAGACUCGCUCACUCCCAUGUUGGGUUUGAGACACAGACACCUUUUAUAUUUACCUCCUAACGGCAUGGAGACUCUGAGAGCGAAUCGUGUGGAGCACUCAAUGCCACAACUCAAACUGGUUGCAGUGGGAGGUCCCGUAAACCCGCUGUGUCUGGCAUGAAGCCAGGAGUGGUGAAAGGGGUGGCCUGGGAUGGCCAGGAGGAGCCGAGUUGCUGCCAGUGCUGAGCAGCACUGAGGGUGUUCCUCUAGGGACCAACCCACGGCACACCGAGGUGGCCCAGAGGAACCGAAGUGCAGCCCCUCUCACAGGCAGCGCUGAGCCACGAGCUCCCCUCCUCUCUCGCACGGACAUCUGGAGGGACUGCCAGUGGAAACGGAAUCUGCCGCCUCUCUGUCCAGCCGUGUGUGCAUGUGCCGAGGUGCGUCCCGUUGUGCCUGGUUCGUGCCACGCCCUUAUGUGUGUGUGUGUGUGUGUGUGUCUGUAGGUGUGCACUUACCUGCUUGAGCUUUUUGUGCAUGUUCAGGUCGGGGGGUGGUUGUCAUGCCGUCUCUGUUUGCUGGUGCCUCUGUUCAGUAGUGAGCAGCAUCUAGUUUCCCUGGAGAUCUCUCCCUCCCCUCUCGCUCCCCAGAGCCCCCCAUGCCACGGUGGUGUUCCCUGCCCUUCCUUGUGUCAGCACAGUUCUCCUUCUCCAUUUCAGACUGUGAAGCCAAAGCUGGCCCACUUGUCCAUGGCAGAAGAGGCUUUGGGGUCACAAUGUGAGGGAGGGAGGUGGGAUGGGCAGGGAAAGAAUCUUGGUGGAAGUCUUGGGCAAUGUGAUCAAGCCAGCCCAAAGGCGGCAUCCUCAGCAGCAUCAAGGAAGGGCCAAGGAAUUUGAAGCAAGAUCUUGGGACUCAGAUUGGAAUGUGACAUCUGUCUUUCAUAUCCCAAAUUCUGGAAACAGCAGUGUACAUGUUUGGUGGUGGUGGGUUUGGGGUGGGGAAGGGAAAGGGGGGACAAGGAGUCGGGUGGGAGACUGGGGUGGGAGGGAGGCAUCUGCAUGGGUCUUCUGUUACUGGAUUAACUGAUCAGGGUGGAGGGAAAAUGAGAUUUGCAUCCACUUCAGGGGCCCUACUAAAGGGAACAGCCUGAGCUGAACAUGUUAUUUAACCUGAGUAUAAUAUUUAAUGAAGUCUAGAAGCACGGUUGUGGGUGGUGAUUUGGUCAGCAUAUCUUAGGUAUAUAGUAACUUUGAAGCCAUAACUUUUAACUGGAGUGGUUUGAUUUUUUUUUUUUUUUUUUUUUUUUUUUUUUUUUUUAGUUUUAUCAGGAGGGUCUGGAUUUUAACUUUUUUAAAUAAGUUUUUGUAAGGAAAACCAUCUCUCCGUGAUGAUUACCUCUCAAUCUAUUUGUUUUUAAAGAAACCCCUAAAGCAAAAAAACAAAAAAAAAAAUUUCCAAUCAAACGCACAUAGCUCAAUCACACUGGAAAUGUUUGUCCUUUUACCUGAGCCUGUUCCCACUCAACGAUGAGAUUUCCUCUUUCCCUGGGGGCUCAGCCUCUCUUACAUUCUGUCCCUACCCCAAUUCCCUGAGUGGUUCUUGCUCUAGGGCUCUAGCCUUUUGUGCAUUGUCCAGCUGGUGGCACCCUCUCCAGACAUUUAUUCAACUGAUGUGUAUUGAGUGCCUGCUGGGUGCCAGGCGCUGGGCAUACAUCUGCCAACCAGACAGGUGCGGGUCCUACUCUUGGAGCACUGGAGGAGGAGCUGAUUCAAGUUAAGGUUCUAAGAGCCUUUUGAGCCUGGAAUUAUUGUUCUUACAUAAGACCACUGAGGAAAGGGGAUCCCCCUCCAAAGAGACCAGUGGUGGGCAGUGAGGCCUGGGGUUUAGAGUCCCAGGUGAGACCCCAAAUCACUGCAUUCAUUCUGAGCCCCCUUCUUGCCCCCAGGGGAGGAACAUCACGUGUACAGCCUUAGAGCAUCCCUUCCUCGAGCCUGUGAGUCUCUGCCAAAGCCUGUGGAGGAGGGAGAGCUCUCUCCCUGCCCUCGGUCUCCCUGAUGCUCCUGGCCUUUCUAUUUAUUUUCCUGAUGCAUUGCUUCUUUCCUUGAUUUAAAGGAGAUCUUCCGCUAACCCUUUGGGCCAAUUUACUGGCCACUGACUAAUUUCCCUUGAUUACCAAUUGUGUCAUUAGGGGGACCUUCUUAUCCACCCCUGCUGACUUCCUACCUGUCCAUCAGCCCUGCAGCAGAACCUUGGCCGUUAUAGGUGAUGAUGGAACUUAGACUCCUCUGCCUCGAGUCACAACUAGCCUCUGGGAUCUGCCAACACGUGUGCACCCAGCGACUCCCAAGCCGCUAGCCCACUCCCCAGAUGGCCCUUCUAUCCUCACCACGUAUGCAUCCAGCUCCUCCACCUCUGGAGAAGACAGCAGUUUUGGUGACCUCCCAUGCCCACCCCUGCCACUCUUAACACCAAGUGAAAGUUGGGGAGAAACUAAAGCUGUCCUUUUGGCCCCCAGAGGCUAAGCCUGGUCCAUAGGGCUACCUGCACCUCUGGAUCCCGGAUUCACCGACCAAGUUCAAGCCCGUUCUUAUGUCGCCAUCGAGGCCCCUGAACGGCAUUCUCGGUACUUCUGUUUGUUUUUGUACAUUUUAUUAGAAAGGACUGUAAAAUAGCCACUUAGACACUUUACCUCUUCAGUAUGCAAAUGUAAAUAAAUUGUAAUAUAGGAAAUCUUUUGUUUUAAUAUAAGAAUGAGCCUGUCCAAUUUCUGCUGUACAUUAUUAAAAGUUUUAUUCACAGAG